GCAAAAGAAAAACCACCCGAACGUUGAUCCGCGAUUCCUAACGUACACCUCCACCUCUUUCCCUUCCUUCCUCUCUUUCUCAGAUCCCAUUCCCUCUCCAUUUCUUCUUGCUUAUUUUCUUUGCAUUCUUAUGGCUGAUUCGUCCGUACAAAUCGCCUUUGACUUUAUCCCAUUGGGGAGGUAGCUUUUGAACUUUCUCUCUCUCUCUCUCUCUCUCUCUCUCUUCGUUGUUCUUCAGCUAUGGAGGUUUCUCCUUGGUUUUUGAUUUUCUCGAUUUGUUGUUGCCUUUUCGCAUCUGGAUCGUUGUCGGUUGAGGAUUUUAACCAGGCGUUUCCUAUUGUGGAACCUGAUCCUGGUCAUACUAAACUUCGUCUUUCACGGGAAGGUUUGGAGGCUAUUCAGAGGAUAACAAAUCCAAUUUCGGCUGUUGCAGUUAUUGGACCUUACCGCUCUGGAAAAUCUUUUUUGCUUAAUCAACUUCUCUCACUUUCUUGCGAUGAAGGGUUUGGUGUUGGACACAUGCGUGACACAAAAACAAAGGGGAUAUGGGUAUGGGGAACCCCGCAAGAAUUGACUAUUGAUGGAGUAAAAACUUCUGUGCUUUACCUUGAUACUGAGGGAUUUGAAAGUAUUGGGAAGUCAAAUGUAUAUGAUGACCGGAUUUUUGCUCUGGCCACUGUCAUGAGUUCUGUACUUAUUUAUAACCUGCCUGAGACGAUACGUGAGGCUGACAUCUCUCGGCUGUCAUUUGCAGUUGAGCUUGCUGAAGAAUUUUAUGGAAGAGUGAAGGGGCAAGAUGUUGCUUUUGAACCUGCAAAGCUUCUGUGGCUUAUUCAGCGUGAUUUUCUACAAGGAAAAUCUGUGCAACAAAUGGUGGAUGAAGCUCUCCAUCAUGUCCCAAAUAAAGAAGGGGACAAAAAUAUUGAUCUGAUUAACCAGAUUCGGGAUUCCUUGGCUAUCAUGGGUGACAACAGCACAGCAUUUAGCUUACCACAACCGCAUCUUCAGCGAACAAAGCUCUGUGACAUGAAGGACCGCGAGCUUGACCCAUCCUAUGUUAAGAAAAGGGAACAACUAAAAGAGGUUGUUUCUAGUAUUAUUCGUCCCAAGAUUGUGCAGGGCAAAGCUCUUAAUGGAAAGGAAUUUGUAUCUUUUCUAGAGCAGAUCCUUGAAGCUUUGAACAAAGGGGAGAUCCCAUCAACAGGCUCUCUAGUCGAGGUUUUCAAUAAGGGCAUUCUUGAGCGAUGCUUGAAGGUGUAUAGUGAAACAAUGGCAAAGUUGGGUUUACCGCUAUUAGAGCAAUCUCUGCAAGCUGCACAUAAAAAAUCUAGAGAGGAUGUAAUGAAACUUUUUGAUCAGCAACAUUUUGGCCGUCACCACGCGAAGAAAUCGGUUAUGCAGCUUGAUGAAGAGAUAGAAAAGGUGUACAAGAAUGUCAUACUAGCAAAUGAAUAUCAAUCAUCAAAGCUCUGUGAGGGAUUGUAUACGAGGUGUGAAGAUAAGAUGGAUCAUCUUCAAGUUCUGAGACUUCCCACCAUGGCCAAGUUCAAUGCAGGUUUCCUCCAAUGCAACCAAAGUUUUGAGCAAGAGUGUGUGGGCCCUUCGAAAGGGAAAUAUGAGCAACGAAUGAUGAAGAUGUUGGGGAAGUCCCGAUCGCUAUUUAUCCGAGAAUACAAUAACAGGCUCUUCAAUUGGUUGGUGACCUUCUCCCUUGUCAUGGUGGUGGUGGGAAGAUUCAUCAUGAAGUUCAUCUUAUUAGAAAUUGGGGCAUGGGUGCUCUUCAUCUUCCUAGAGACGUAUACAAGGAUGUUCUGGACAUCGGAGUCUCUCUACUACAACCCAGUUUGGCAUAUGAUAGUUGCCACUUGGGAAACAGUUAUUUACAGCCCUAUCUUGGAUUUGGACAGAUGGGCCAUUCCUCUUGGCGUAGGGGUAUCAUUAUUUGUGCUUUAUUGGCGGUGUUAUGGCAAAAGAAAACAUGGGUCUCGAUGGCUAUUACCCCUGUACAAUAAUCCAAAAAGCGGCCCACAUCGGCGGAGGUCGGACUAAAAGAGAGAAGAAAGUGAUGACAUUCCUAGUGUUUGAUCAUGCACAUCUCUUCAUUGUUGUACCUGGGCGAGCUCUUCUUUUUUUAGUGGCAUACAAAGCCCACCAUCCUAUUCUUUUAGUUCUUGAUGGUACUUUUAUACUGCGGAAAGAUGAAAAGAAAGGUGAAAAUGAAAAUGGGUGAAGGAUUAGGCUGAUAACCUUUUACUGUCGUAGUACAAAUGUAGCGUUAGCGAAUUAAUUGUAUGUUUAUGAUACAUUAAUUGUUUCAAAUCCAAUCAGUUUCAUAUCCUUUUCUUUUUUUAAUUUGCCAGAAAAAUUCAAUUCCCAAACUGUAAGAUAUUAGUAUAUUACUUGCAUUCAAUUCGUCUUGUGGAUGAGUUAUAGA